AUGCCGGAGCCAUCGAAGAGACCUCGGCCGUGUGAUAGUUGCCGCAAGAGAAAGACGAAAUGUGUGACGGAAGCUGGUGACGCUGAUUGUGUACUGUGUCGCUUUCAUAAGCAGCAAUGUACCUAUGAAGCUGCGCCUCAGGCUCGAAAACGAGCUACGCCGUCCGAUGCCAACAAAACAGAGACGGCCACCAAACGGAGUAAGACUAUAAGGACGAUCCCAGGAACAGGCGUUCAAGAAUAUGACGCUCUAUCGGGCGCCACACUGUUGCGACGGACUCUUGGACUUCAGAACUUGCAUCAUAGCAGAUACAUUGGUGCCAACGACUGCUUGGAUGCUUCCGUAUUGCUCUCACCUCCUCUGGACAAGGACCGAAUUCCGGCCACUGGUGGGAAGCCAUUGAGGAUCCGAUUCGUACACCCGUUACACGCCUUUCAGAUCAAUCCGGAUGCAGAUACGGUAGGGUACGGACAUGAGUCAGCUAUCCAGGACCAGAUUGAAGCGGCUGUGGAAGGCCAUGGGCCUCAACUUGUGAAGCUAUACUUCUGGAUCGUGCAUCCUUCAUUUCCAGUGCUACACAAAGAGGUCUUUCUAGAGAAGUACUCCAGAACAUAUCGAGAGUUCUCACCACCUUUGCUAGCGGCAGUGUACCUGCUGGCAAGCGGCUAUUGGAUGUAUAGCAAUGAGCUGGUCGGAGCGCCCAAAUCAGAUGUGACCAAGCUGGAGCGCUUGGCAUCGGAAUCUUUUCGCAGUACACUGAAGCGGCCGAAGCUCUCUACCAUCCAGGCCGCCCUUCUACUGUCUCAAUACAAUGGUACUAAAAGUACUGCUGGCGAGCUGCUUACCCCAAGAGAGCUAACGACUUACGUUGUCAACCUGGCGUUUGGACUCGGACUGCACUUGGAGCCCACAGAAUGGGACAUUCCUGACUGGGAAAUCGAUCUCCGCCGGCGGCUCAGCUGGGCCGUGUAUAUUCAAGGCCGAUGGAGUGCGCUGCUCUACGGCGGUCCCUCGCGCUUCACCGAGCACGACUGGCUUGUAUCCGAGCUGGCGCUGGAUGACUUCUACGAACGUGGCGAAGACGGGCGCGCCGCAAACCCAGAGGAGCAGAAAGGCUGUAUGGCAUUCGUACAUAUGGCUACCUUGAGCACCAUUCUCUCGGAUAUCAUGAUCCAGUUAUUGUCCGCUAGAUUUCAGCAAAGAGUAAAUUUGGCGGAGCACAAACUGAGUCUACUCAUGGAGCAACUGAAGCCACUGCAGCUGCAGCUUAAAGAAUGGUUUGCGACCCUUCCGGAAUCACUCAAAAUGGAGAGCUCAGCCACCAUGAAGCUCUCCUCGGUCUGCUACUUGCGCCUAGCAUAUUUGUCCGUCGAGACAUGCCUACACCGUCUCGUUGUUCAGACGCUGACCAGGAGCGCCGUCGACGAUAAUCUUCUCGGCAUCCUGCGCGCUGCUGCCAAAGAACGCUUCUACAACGCCGUUGACUUCAUCCAGCACCUGCAAGCGGUACAUUUGGCCUCGUUCUGGUACUUCAUCUCGGCGCAAUGCUGUACGAUCAUCUAUCACUUUGGCCGCCUACUUGAGCGUACUGCUACCGAUCCUAUAGAAAGGUCGGCCAUUGCUGAAAAGCUAGAGGAGCUCAAAUGGGCAUUCAAGGUCAAUGGAGAAGCCGGCGCGGGCUUCAUGAAAGAAGCGCAGACCUUGAUUGAGCAGUCUUCAAGACUCGUGCUGGUCGGCCUCGACGAUCGCUCUACGAAUACAAGCCCGAUUGGUUUGACUGAUCCAGACAUUUACGGCCGUCAGCCACAACUCGCAGUCUCAUCUAUCCCAAUGGAAACAUCCUCUCCAUCUGUCUGGAAUAGUACAGUAGUCGACACACACAAUGAUGUCCACCAGGAAUCGAUAGAUGACUGGAUCCUGGAUUUCGACACAAAUCAUGAUCACUGGGCCACGUAUGUGUGA